AUGUACAUGAACGGCUUCCCGGUGGGCGUCCAGAAGGACGGAAGGUAUUACGUGCACAACCACGUGAUGUUAAGCCUGUUUUUCCAUGCCGAGCCCAGUUUGUUUGAGGGCUACCGCGUGGUUGGAUUCGAGGUGGAGCCCCACAGCCUGAAGCAGACGGUGCAGGGUGAGGGUGCUUCGAUGACGGCAGAGUGCAAGACGCCUUUGCUCGACCUCGACGAGACACAGGACGGAUGGUGA